UUUUUAUUUCUGUAAAUGGCGGCGUUCUAGUCGCGAAGUGUGAUUUUCGUCGGGAGAGUGAUGCGUGAAGUUAUGCAAAUGUAUCUGACUGCGGCUGGAUAGUCUGUGCAACUAAAUCGACUAAAGCAACAUGCCGCUGUCCUUGGUGCCCCCUGAAAGUGUGGCCGAGCUAUCGCGGUUCCAGCCGGCACUCAUUGACAGUGCUGCUCAGAGUCAUCUGGAGAGCACUGUCACAGCACACAUAAAUCAAUGUGGUUCGAGGGCAGCACUGAGUUGCGGUUCGUUGGUGCGGGGCUACAAUGCACGAACGGGUGUCCUGUACUCCGAACUCCACGUCGGGCGGCAGGAGCGGCCGCUUGUGGGGCCGUUUUUGGAGAUGACGAAGGGCGAGUCCAUUUACCUGGUGGUGGCCGUGCGCGGGGGUUCGGGAGGACCCUUGCUCUGCGUGUGCCAUCCAGUCAGCGGGCGUGUGAUACGCGCCAUCCAUCUCGUUGCACCGAUCACCCACCUUUCCGUGGUUAGCGCAGAGGGACUGGGCAGCCUGGCUGGUGGCUGCAUGGCCCUGGCUACUGAAGAUCGCCAGUUGCUGCUCCUGGACCUGUGCUUGGACAGCGCACGCCACUACUCAGACGAAUCGAGGCCCGCCACUUUGGUGGCCCUGGAUGGAGUCUUCACUGACGAGCUGCCGCCCCUCCAUCCAGUCCAUGCGGCUCCUGUGCACGGCAUUGUGCACCUCUGCAAUCUGGAUGACCUUGCAGCCUUGGAUGAAAUGGCAGUUGUAGAUGGAGACACGGAGGUGACAUGCCUGCAGUGGCUGCCCCAACUGCGCUGCCUUGGCAUUGGUCUGGGCAAUGGCACGGUCCACCUGUGGGACGUCCACAAGUCAACUUCUAUGCUGGUGACUACCCUACAGUCGGACCUUCCCGUGGUGUCCUUGGCUCUGCAGGAGCCCGAGAAUGAUCCUCGAUGCUGCUGCUACCUGUGGGUGGCCCAAGGAUUCACCCCUGAGUCCUCCACAAGCACACCGUUGACCUGUUUCUCGGUUACCACGAUGCAUGCCCUGAGCUUCCAGAAGAAAGAGCCAAGUCAAGAUGGGCAGCAUUUGUAUAAGGGCUGCGUUUCUGGUCGGCUAAUGUUCCAGUACCAGCUGGGGCCUGACGUGGUGGCUGGCAUGGAGGGUGCCAUGGCCCAGUCGGUGCAGGAUGGAGAACUGCUGGGAUCUCGCAUCCUGUCAUUCUGCACGGUGUGGUCGUCCAGCACUGCGUGCACGGCUGGUGACGUGGUCUUGUCACCUCGUGGCACCGUAAGACCAGGCUCAGAGCACGUGGAAGACCUGCUGCUCAUCUCCUGGCAACUGGUACGGGGUAACCGUGUGCUGGGCACUUACCUGUCGAUAUUUGACAUCAACCAGUGGUACCGGGCACAGAUGCCGCGGGCCUUCAGGGCCAAUGCCUUCCAGCUGUGCUCCUUCAUUGGCCUCUUCUCGCUUGCAGAACUAGUCGCAAAGUGUGGCAACCACGCUGUCCUGGAUGUGCGUGUGGUGCCAUCUACGGUGAAGAGGUUCUACUCUCCAAACCCUAUGGUUGAGCAGACUCACUUUCCGUCGUCGCUGGCAUUCUCAUGUGUCUGCUUGACAGCAGAAGGCGUAGUUGAAGCAUCAUUCUUGGGCUUGCAGCGACAGCUGCUUCACUACAUUAAUCUGGAAGGUCCGGCAUGCCUCAGCAACGCCAGCGACCUCUACGUACGUCUCUCUGUUGUUGGUCUCAUUGGUGACGGCCGCCAUUCUGGAGCAUCACACCUGAGUCCGGCAGGGGCUCAGAAAGCAUUGCUGAAUGUGGCACUAGAAAAUCGAAUGAUUGGAUUCCUGAUGGCCUGCCUCCGUGGGCACCUCUCUGGAGAACCACUGUUGCCCUUCGUGUUGGACUGGACCUGGGCCAAGGUCAAAGAGGUCAAGCGUGCCUUGGACAUCUUGUACACGCCGCUGUUCGACUGUUCUGGUCAGGAUGCCACUAUGAUCGGCCGGCGAAUGUCGACACACCUCGAGGAGCUGCGCAUCUUGAACAGGCUGCUGGAGCAAGCAUUGAACAUGCAGGUCGACAACCGGGAUGUGCUGUGCGUGUGGCACGAAGUGACGGGCCUGCUGGUGGGCCACCUGUCAGUGUUGCUCUUUCUGCUUCAAUCGGGUGUGCUGCCCGACCACCACGUGGGUGACGGCCUGGCCUACCCAUACGGCAUCCUCAGCACCUGGGGCCAGCAGGCCAGGAGUGAUGCAGGUGGUAGGCUGCUGGUGGAUGUGCUGAUGGAGGCAGUCCUGGAGAAGGCGGGCGAUGCCAACAAUCCUUCCAGCCCCCUGAGGGGGCCCUACCCUCCGCAUAGCCUCCAGAGGGCCACUGACCUUUACCUGCUGCGUGGUCUCGAACCUUGGAUGCCACAUGCCAUCACUUACUACCUCCUCCUGGACAUUUCCAGUGUCAUCGUCCUCGAAUAUCGUGAGGUGAAGACAGAGCUGGAGGACUUCCCAGCCAUGUUUAACUUGGGGACUGACCUACUGAGCAUCGUCCAGGGCAUCUGGUACCUUGACCAUGGCAGCCACAAGGAGGGUACGGAGAAGCUCCUGCAUGCACACUCAGUGGCCACCUUGAGCAUGCGACCGUUGCUGGCUGCCCUAUGGGCUCCCGUGGUGCGCCACCUGCUAGGAUGUGGGCAAGCCCCGCUGGCCCUGCGCUUCCUUGACCAGUUGAAGGCAGUCUCCACGUCCGAGCAGAUCGCCCUGCAGUUGGACACCCUGCUGGCCAACAGGCGGGUUGUUGACGCCCUCGAGCUAGUGCGUAGGCACAGCCAUCUGUCCAGCCUGGAUCAGCUGCUUGGCUGCAUCGUUGCAGUGGCCAGAAAGGCACCUACGUGGGAGGCGCACAAGCUGUUUCAGGAGUUUCUACGGGUGCCCCUGUCGGCCGCCGAGGAGGAGCAGCUGGUAGAUUUUUUCUGCGAGCUGGCCGACCCCACUUGGAUGUGCCACGUGAUUCUGCACUUCCUGGAGUGCAAGCGGCCACAUGCGGCAGUCACGCUUGCUUCAGGCCUCCGCGAGCUAUUCCGGGAGGGCAAAGCGCAUCGGACAUACUCAUCAGAGGUGCGCCAGCAAGCAUUUGCCACGCUGGAAGUGAUGCAGGGCUUCUUGCGGCUCGUGCCACUGCCACCAUCGCAGCUCAACGCAGCGGCACGUAAGCGGAGCCAGUCAGGCAAGCCCGUACAACACUUGGGGACACUGGCAACCCGGGUGCCUCACAAAGGCACCACACCACGGCUCGUGACGCAGAUGUCUGCACUGCGUGCCACCAUGGAUCCUGCAGAGGCAUCAAAGGCUCCAAAGCUGCCCCUGCCUUCCAUCAGGAUGGCAGCAAUUGAAUCACAUGCCCGAACACCCACAGCAAGGGGCCGUCGCUCGAGUCUCCACAGUGGACUGGAAGACGAAGCACUGUCAAUGCUGUGCACGCCUCCAGUCAAGCUCUGGCAGGGACCGACAGAGCGGACUCGAUCCGCGGCGCAGCCAUCAACAAGCACACCUGCCUCCAUUCUGAAGCGGCGAGCGAUAAACCUUACACCGGUGGUGACCACUCCAGUGGUUCGAGGAAAUGCACCGGAGGGAGACCUGGGCACCUGCCCGACGCCCGUGAAGCUCGACGAGGACGUCUGCCCGACACCAGAGCCACUGGUCCGGAGGCUGAGGUUUGCCGUGUCCGACUCCUUCAGCUCGGAAAAUAGCCAUAACCUUGACACAACUGCUGAAGGCAUGGACGCAGAGUCGUCUCUGGCUUCCCAGCCUGAACAGCAGAGCUCCAGUGAAGAGCAGAGCAGCUCAUCAAAGAUGGAGGCUGACCUGUCCAGUGACCGUUCAAGCCAGUUCCAGACUGCCUCGGAAAGUGAAAGCGAAGAGUCUGCCACUGACCUGCAGGACAACCCCUUAGAGCCUGUCCCAUCUGCAUCGACCCCCAAGUACCCUCCCACUUCGCAGCCUGCGGCCACUGACGUGCGUGCGGAUGGUGGCAAGGCGCCGGUGUUGGAUGCUAGUCCAGCUGCCGGCUCUUCCCCUGGGCACAAGGGGCUGCUGCCAGCCUUCCUAAUUCAGGAGACUGCAAGGCGCUUGCAUGGGCCUGCUGGGCAUGACACCACACUUGCUGGAUCACACUGGCCAGGCGAUGAGGCAGCACCAUCCCAGCCAGCGGCGGCGGCCCAGCCAUCAAGUCCUGCAAAGAGUGACAAUACAGCAGACGAGGAGGACCUGGAUGGAACUCCAUUGGCAGACGACGACGAAGACGUUGGACUUGCAGGCGAAAAUGAGCCACACAUUCCACCAGGCAGCAGAGAGUUGGGUAUAGGGUCAUCAGUUUUGCCCGAAGGAACAGCAGCACCUCAAGUGCCUGGUGACUUCCCGGACAAGGCGAAGAUGUCUAUCGGACCAGUGGAAGCCACUCCUCUGCAAGACAACGACGGCACCGAGCUGGCAGAAGAUGCAUCGGAGCCGUACUCUGAGGGGUCUGCAAUGUCCCUGCCUGUCCCGACAUUUUCAGUCACUGAGAAGUGUACUACCAGAACAGAGGUCACAGUGGUCGAAGAAGUGGUUGCAACUACUUCCUCCGAAAGUGAUGCAUCACGGCCCUGCUCCGAGAGGUCUGCAAUGUCCCUUCGCUUGCCAGCAUUUGCAGCCUCCGAGGGGCACACUUUCAAGGCAGAAGCCGGACCUGUCGAAGAAGUGAUUGUGAUCAGUGCCUCUGAAGCCUCUGAAGGUGAGCAAGAGGAUGACGACAUUCUUAUCUUGUCGGACACCUCUUCGGUAACGCUUCCAGAAGUGCUACCUACUCGCGUGGAAAGUCCAGAGGAUAGUUGGUCACAGAGCUCCGGUGGAACCGCCAAGGAGGAGGGUGACGUAGUGCUAACAGAGCUAACUGAUGUGCCCCCAGCGCAGCUUGCGGAGCCUCUCGAAACGGCACGGGAACCGUCAGUAGGGCAUGCGACAGCAGCACUCGACGUGGAGGACAUACAGGUAGAGCAGUUGCUUCCAGGCUAUGCUGUCUGCCCUUCAGAAGAGGAGCGUUCGUUGCCAAAGCCAGAAGACCAUCUUCAGCCACCAAACACGCCAGCAACUCCGGCGCAAUCUGAAGGCAGGGCUGUUGGAGAAUCUUAUGGCUUUGUCCCUGCAGUGGACAGCCCACCUGUCCUGGGUUCUGCACGGGACAGCGGAGCUGCUUUGCCAGUGCAAGGAGUGUCAUCACCCAGCAUUGCUAAGUCCUCUUUGCCUGUCGUCAGCACCUUAAAGCAACCUCCAUUGCGACAGGCUGCCACUGGAAAGGAUGGAAGGGGACGUGCAGAAUUCUCUAAAAAGCCACUGUCACCUGUGGCAGAUUCUCAGCACUCGCCUUCUAAAUAUGGCGAGCAUGAGACCGAACUUAAGAGCUCUGCAGAAGUGGCUGCAAAAACACCUGAGCACGAGUCUGAGCUUGGCAAGAGCCUUCCCAAAAUAGUUGUGACCUCCUCCUAUAACCUCAGGGAGAAGCGAACGCCCACAUGGAAGGAGCAGGAGCAGAAAACAUCCAUAGCAAGUCCAUCUAGGCUACGACAUAAAAGCGGCUCUGUGUCACCACCUCAACAAGCACCAACCACUCCCACCAGGCCGGGACCCAGCCGUGAGUUGGAUAAAAGCCCCAAAACUGUAGUCACACCAAAGCGGAAGAUGCGUUCUGCCAGUGCCGAGCCAUCAACAGCACACAGCCAUAAGAAGAGCAAGGCACUUGAAAGCUCAGCCGAAAAGAGGAGGGAGAAGGCAAGCUCGGUAAGCCCCAAGCGCACAACACAAAGUCCAAAACAAAAGACCGAAACGCCCAGCCCUAAGGCAAAGAGCGCUGUGGAGGCGACCUCAGACACAGCUGGUAAACCGUCAAAGAGGUUAGCAACGCCCAGACCAAGCAGAACAUCUUCAGUGCCCAGUUCAAAGAGAGCAGGAGCCUCGCGUCAUGUUGACAAGCAAGAUGUGUCGCCCAGCCCCACCAGGCAGUCGUCGGCAAGUCCCGCAAAGACACCAACGCGUCGCACAAGAAAGUCUGCCACUCCAAGUCCUACAAGGCAAAAGACAGUGCAGGGUACAAGGCAGCAGUCCACCACACGCAGCCCUAAGCAGAGUAAAUCAGCAGUUCAUAGCGCUCAAGUGAAGACAGCUGAGUCGCCAACUCCAGUGAAAGUUUCCUUGCGUACGCGUGGUCACACUGAGAAGAAAACACCGAGUCAUGUGGAAAAGACACCGGAAAAGGCGGUGCACAGCACAAGAGCAGGCAGCACCAGACAGAGUAAAUCGGCAACACUUAGUCCUCAAGAGAAGACUGCUCGUACACCAAGUCCUGCAAAGGGAUCACCCAUACGCAGUCCCGAACGGGCGAAAACAUCAAGCCCUGUAGAGGCAAGCGCUCGGAAGACAAGACUGCGGCAUCACUCUUCCUCCUCUGCACGCGUUGGACGGGGAUCGUCACCAGUGCCUGGACCCAGUAAAACAGAAACUCCCUCUAAAAGAACGAGCGGCAGGGUGCCAAGGACCCCAAGGCGUUCAUCUACAGACGUUGCGGAGGAGCCGCUGCGAACGUCAAUGCGCCGUGGUUUGCGCCUGACGCCAGAGAGGCAGCUGGCACCAAAAGGGCACGUGGAGGGACCGUCCAAGAUAUCUGGUGCUCGGGGUCAUUCCCUGGAUACUAUUGCUGAAGUCGACACCUCCCCAACAAAAAGUGACACGGAGACAAGUCCGACAGCACCGCCAACGCGGAAGGGUCGCCGGAUUGUGUCGACCGAGCCCGAACAGAGUGCGCCGCCAAAGAAGUUGCUUGUGGCUACCCGUCGCAGCCGCAGAGUCUCUGGAAAUCCGGCGUUGGGUACAAUUGCUGAAAUCCCCGAUGCCGAAAUGGAACAAGAACCGCAGCCAACAACUUCAUCAAGCCAGCGACGGCGCAGGGCCAAGCGCAAGUCCGACACAGAACUUGAUGCUGAGGGAUUCAAGCUUUCCAAGCCAACUGAACUUGCUUCGAAAGGCUCCCAUUCGACACCACCGAAAGGCGAGUUUCUCUUCUCACCACCUUUGACACGGCACCGCCAACAGCAAAUGAGCCAGUCAUCGGGGAAGCCAGCCGAUGCCAAGCCGGUUCCUUCUACGAGCAAAGAGCAAGCCCCGAAAAAGAAGCAGCAGCAGCGCAUCAAGAUAGCGACCACGUUGAUGAAAACUCCCCUACGCAGUAGAGCAACUGCCAGCAGCAGCAGCAGUGGUGGUGGAAGCAGGCCACUCGCUAGAACACCCAGGCGGAAACCAAUUCGUUACAAGCUCAAGCCUAGAACACUGGAAAUUCCUCUGCCUACACCUCGUCGACAAGCCUCCGCUGCUGCAUCUUCCGACAAGGCUGGCAAGAAGACCCCGAAAAAAACUGCCCGGUAGUUAAAAAAUAUGCCUUCAGUUGUGUGUGGGUUUAGCAUCACUGCUUAAUGAGGCAGGUGAAAUUGCCCUGUAGUAGUGUACGUGGGAUGUACAUAAGCGAACUGGUGUUCUUUCUUUUUUUCAUAUACAUUAAAGCUUCAUGCACUACUUACGUGCUGUGCUAUAAAAAAAGUAUCGAUGCUGCUGUGUGCAGACACAUGUACGAUUUUAUUUUCUACAGCCUUAUUGGGACAUGACAGACUUCGUGAUGUUGUGUAGGUUGCCGUUAAUUUUGCAGAAGUGCCGUGUUGAAAAUUGCAAUAGGGAACAACACAAAUGCAAUUUCCCACACUUGGGCCAGUGCUCCUUGUAUCCUGUGCUGUGCCUUCUGCCAUAACACUAAACUCACUGUGACAACACUCUUGUACUGCCUUUUCAUGCAGACCUUCAUGAAUUGAUGAGUGUACAUUGAUGAACUGAGCACCAUCAUUAAUUGUUCCAAACUUAACAAAAGGUUUUAGUGUGUUCAUUUGCUGUGCCGUGCAGGCUUUGCUUUGCAGCUUGCACAGGUUUUAGUGCAGGUUGUAUUUGCAAUCUGUGUAACCACUGCAGCGCCUGCAUUUGGAAUGGACUCAAACAUGGAAUUACGGUUCAGGCAUAAGCAUGCGUGCUUCUGUGGAAAUUUUGUUAUAUCAUUAUGAUGUACUAAAUGGCAGUUGGCAAAGGUGUGUGCGUUUGACAGCACGUCAGUCUUGCUCAGACAUUUAGCUGUAUAUUCCGAUCGGUAAAAGUACUAUACAUAAUUUAUAUUGUCAGUUGUGCACCACAUUAUUAGCCAUCUCUGUACUAAAAGAAGCAGCCUGGCCAGCCUGAUUGAAAGUGUUAUGGGGCUUGCUCGUGUUGUAAAAUUGUGUAAACAAAAGAUUUUUGUUGCUCAUUACAGCAGAGGUGUACAGAUUUCGAGAGUGUCAAUUUAGUUACAAUGGUGUGAAAUGGUGCACCUUUCUUUUUAUACAUAAAUUGUUUUACUUCAUUUAGUUCUUAUUUUAUAUUGCGACUUGGGAAGCAGGUGCGGUCGGCCAAUGGAACGCACAACUGCAUUCCCGUAGCUGUCUUAAUAAACUUCAUUCGUCCUGUC